UGUUUGUAUGUAUGUAUAAAGGGUUUCUAUCAUUCUGAAUAAACAUCACUAACGCCCGUUCCCCACCGCCUCUCAGUGGAAAAAAGAGCAGCUCUCUGAAUACACCGAUGGCGGCUCGGGCGGCGCUCGCGGCGGCUUCCUCCAUCUCCCGUUCCUCCCGCCCCUCUCCGGCGGCCAAACUCAUUCCCCGUAGGGGCCUCGCUGGCGGCGGUGAUCAACAUGGACCGCCAAAGGUUAACAUUUGGGAAGACCCGCUGAGUCCAUCUAAAUGGAAGGAAGAGCAUUUCGUACUUGCUAGUUUAGCUGGCUGGUUCUUGCUAGGUUAUGGAGGAUACAAGCUGUUCGGUGGAAAGAAGGGAAAGAAGGAAGAGGUAGUGGCAGGGAGUACGUGAGGUGUCUCAGUUUAAUCCGAGUAGUGGAAAGUAGCAACAGUACACAGGAAGUUGGGGAAUCAGCGAAGUAGAGUACUUAUGUCUGCACUACUGCUUUCUUUCUUCUGUGAAGAACCUGGAAAUAAAGCACUUGCAAAGGCAUGAAUGAAACCUCUUGAAGGGUUAUAACUUUGUUCUGUUUUAUCAAGUUUUGUGGUAGGCUAUAUAAUGUGAGAGCUUUUCCUGUAAUCUCAGUGAAUACUUUGAUAUGUGACAAACUCAUUGUUUUGUUGGGUUUAAUCACAUUAUGAUAAAUUUCCACAACAACUCUGUUAUUAAUUUAUCACUCCUGGAGAUUGUUAACUUCA